AUGGGUCGUCCUUCCGUUCCCUUGUCGGCCACGCUCCCGCCGUUGGUUAUGGGCACGGCGACAUUCAAUUCGCAAUACAACCCGGAUCCCUAUGCGCUCCCAACUACCGAACUGGUUCAUCGGGCCUUUGCCAGCGGCGUGCGCGCCUUCGACACUUCGCCUUACUAUGGCCCCGCCGAGGAGCUGCUCGGUCGUGCGUUGGCCACUGACUUCGUGCGCUCGACAUACCCGCGCGACUCCUACCGGCUGCUCACCAAGGUCGGCCGCGUCGCCGGCUCGGCCUUUGACUACUCGCCGCGGUGGGUGCGCCAGAGCGUGCGGCGCAGCCUGGCCCGCCUACACACCGAGUACCUGGAUGUGGUCUACUGCCACGACGUGGAAUUCGUGUACCCGGCCGAGGUGCUGGCGGCCGUGCAGGAGUUGCGGCGCAUCCGCGACGUCGACGGCACGGUGCGCUACGUCGGUAUAUCGGGAUACCCCGUCGACGUGCUCUGCGAGCUGGCGGAGAUGAUCCUGCGCGAGACCGGUGAGCCGCUCGAUGCCGUCAUGUCCUACGCCAACUUCACCCUGCAGAACACCCUCCUGGUGUCUCAGGGUCUCCCGCGUCUGCUGGCCGCCGGUGUCGAUGUUGUCCCUAAUGCGUCGCCUCUGGGCAUGGGCCUUCUGCGCCGCACGGGUGUCCCGAUCGGCAGCAUGGGCGAUUUUCAUCCGGCGCCGGACGCCCUGCGCGCCGUCACCCAGGAAGCCAGCCGCUUCGCUGACUCCCAGGGCGAGAAACUCGAGGUGGUCGCCAUUCGCUUUGCACUGGAGUCCUGGCUGCGCGAGGGCAGCAAGGUUGGCGCCCUGGGCCCGCCUCUGGCCCGCUCCCCCGAAGCCGACCCGGGCUUCUUGUCCGUCGUGAACGUGGGCACCGGCGAGCGUCUGGGCGUGAGCGUCAUGGGCGUGAGUAAUGUCGACGAGCUGAACGAGUCCCUGCGCGUGUGGCGCAGCAUUGUCGAGGGACUGGAGAACCGGGACGAGGAGGUCGAGGAGGACCGCAAUACGCAGGGUUCGUCGACCCUGGAGCCGACGGCUGCGAACGCCCCGACCGUCCUGACCCCCUCGGAUGGCGUUAUCACUGAUCGCGCCUGGUCUCGCGAUCGACGGGACCGCAUCCUAUUGCUUACCCGACAGAUCCAGUCCAUCCUGGGUCCGGACUGGGUUGAUUAUACGUGGCUCAGCCCGGGCCCGGAUUUCGUCAAUUCGCUGCCGGCCGAGCACCUGGCGGCGUUGGAGCAGGAGCAGCAGACGACGGCCCCCCAGGAUGCUCGGGAGCGUGCUAUAAUGACUCCCCCCUUGGAUGUAUAG